UAAAAGACAAGAAUUUUUUUACACUUUAGCAACAAUUAUUUGUUUUUAAACGAUUUUAACCAAAUAAAGGCUUGAAAAUGAACAAUCUGGAUAGUUCAUUGCAGGCGCACAAUAAAUUGGAAAAGGAAGCGACCAAUUUGGCUUUGCUGAAAGACCGAGUGGAUAAAUAUCAUGAUCUCUCCACCCAAAUGUCAAGUAUACUUACAAUCUUUGAGAAGCGUUUGGGAAACCUGGAACAGACCAUAUUACCCGUUUACCAGGAGACGGAGCAGCUUCAGAAAAGGCAGCAGAAUCUGGAGGCCACUCUGAAUUGCCUGGAAAGUGUCCUCUCCCACUACGAUGUCUCCCAGGAGGUGUGCCAGCUGAUCCACCAGGGUCCGGUGGAGGGAAACAUCUCCGUGUUCCUGGACGCACUGGCCAAACUUCGCGAUGCCAAUGAUUACUUCCGGCACAACAAUUCGCAGAGUGUGGAGCUGGAAAAUGUCACCAGUUUGUUUAACACCGGAUGCGAGGGUCUCAAUCAGCACUACAGCAUGCUCUUGAAGAAGCACAGCGCUCCGUUGAAGCCCGUGGAGCUGUUGGAUCUCAUCUACAUAGAGGACGACUCCAGCGAUGAGUACACCUCUUUCCGGCAGCUGUCGCAAACCACUCGCGAGGAGCUGUACACCAUCUCCCACUGGCUGGAGCAAAAUCUGAGGGAGUACACCCACAUCUACGCCACGGAACGGGGCGAUGUGGUCCUCCGAUCGCUGCAGCUGCUCAAGGAUCACCAGAAGAGCAACAGCUGGGGACACGAGGCGCUGAGACCUCGGCACAAUGGACGCCAAACGGAAACCAAAAAGACUACCUCAGCCCGCCUGCAGCAAAUUUUCGAAAAGAAGGCCAAUAAGUUAUAUCUGCGUGCGACCCAGACCAUAGAGCAGUCCACCGGCUUCUCCAUUAAGAAGGCAUCGUCUCACAGCGAUCACCUGACGUCCGAGGAUCUGCUGGAUGGAGAUCAGGAGCUGGACAAGUACUUGGUAAUGCUACUGGGUCUGCAGCGCCUGCUCAACUGGGAGCGAGCCAUUAUGCACGACAUUAUUCCCACGUCGAAACACAACGAAGUAUUCGCCCGAUUGGCUUACAAUGCCAUCGAUUUGGUGGUCAAGGACGCCGAGUCCAUCACUCAACGCAUCUUGCGCUGCAUCUCACGCAAGGAGUGGACCUCGGCGUUGGGUAUAUUCUCCGCCCUGAAACGGGUGAUCCUGCUCCAGCCGGAUAUCGAACGCACCUAUGAUCCGGCACAAAGGGAACAGCUAACGAAGGUGCUGAACAAAUUGCAACACACUGGAGCCAAGGCAUUGGAGCACUUUCUGGACGUGGUCAAAGGGGAAUCGAGCACCAACAUUGUGGGCCAGAGCAAUGUUCCCAAAGAUGCCACCGUUCACGAGCUGACCUCCAAUACGAUCUGGUUUAUUGAGCACUUGUACGAGCACUUUGAUGUUAUCGGUUCCAUUUUGGCCCAGGAUGUCCUGUACUCCACGCAAUUGGACACCAUUUUGAUGAAGAAGGCGCUGCCAGGCGAUGAACGAAACAAGGCACUUCUAGCUAUUUACAUAAGUAAGAUUGAAGAGUUUCUUAAGCUCCUUUCUAAAUACCCUUCAUUUUUUUUUCCAGAGAAAGCUUUGGCUGAGCUGAACCUUUCCAUUAUGAACAAGUGCGAGCAAUAUAAUGACCAGGCCACCAAGCAUCUCUUCCGCCUCAACAACAUCCACUAUAUCCUCAAGUCGCUGCAGCGCUCCAAUCUGAUUGAUUUGGUCACCCUGGCAGAGCCGGAAUGCGAACACAGCUACAUGGAGAUGAUACGCGAACUGAAGGCCAGCUAUCAGAAGACCUGGUCCAAAAUGCUGGUGGGCAUCUACUCCUUGGAUGAACUGCCCAAGCCAGUGGCCGGCAAGGUCAAGGAUAAGGACCGCAGUGUUCUCAAGGAGAGAUUUUCUAACUUCAACAAGGACUUUGAGGAGGCCUGUAAAAUACAGCGAGGCAUCUCAAUACCCGAUGUCAUUCUGCGAGAAGGCAUCAAACGUGAUAAUGUGGAGCACAUUUUACCCAAAUACAAUAGAUUCUACGAAAUUUACUCUGGCGUGCACUUUAGCAAAAAUCCCGAUAAAUACGUCAAGUACAGACAGCAUGAGAUCAACGCUAUGCUAAGCAAGCUCUUCGAUGAUUCGGCCUAGACCUAAUUUUCCA